GGGACACGAAGGAUAUUCCCGAAGCCCUAGCACCGCACAGGAUUCCACCGGGUUCGGUACCCUCGUAUCUUCCUACAUCUAGCCUCUCACGCCAUGGCUUCCAACGACAUUGCGAUGGACCUCGAAAUCCUCUUUGGUCCUCCCCCAGCUCAGCCUCAGGCCCCGGCACCCAGUGCCAUUCCCUCAGUUCCUAUAGGCACUGAUGACCCCCCUGCCUUGCAGGCCCUCGCACAGGCCGUGAAUGCUAUCAAUGGCCUUGCAGGCACACAGAUCACCUUCGCUGCCAACCAAGCCUCCAUCCAGGCAGUUCUGGGAAACCUCGGAAUGUUUUUGCAAGGUGCAGCGCUCGCUUCGGGCACCACCACCUCGAGCGCUAUCCGUUUCAAAGAUCCACACACCUUCAACGGUACGCUCGUGGCCGUAGAAACUUUUCUCACCGAUCUGCAAAUGCCAUGCACCUCGCUCGUCGCCAACUCGUGUCAGACAUUCGACGUUUCGGCAGUCAUGCUCAGGAUGCUCAGUCUCGGCAUCAUCGGAAUUGUCGACUAUCACCUCAAUGCAGCCUAUGAUAAACUGGCAAUCAUGUGGUACAUACCCCCGUAUUGCCCCGAGAACAUUAUCGAGAAGUCGAGUAUGAUCCCAGCAGUAGACCCUCCCAUCGGGCUCAUCCUCAUGUUGACUCAGAUGGUAUCUGGCCAGAAAUCCCCGACGCCCCCGUCUGUCGACCCUCCUUUCAGGUUGAUUCUCAUGUUGGCCAAGAAAGUGAUCGACGCAAAUGCUGUUGUUAAGGUCCAUCCUGAAGAGUUCAUUGAGAUCAAGGACAAGAGCAAGGGGAGGAGAAGACGACGGAGGACGUUAAGGUCGAGGACGAUGACACGGUCGACGAGGACAAGGAUGAAGUCAAAGCGGAGGGCAGGGUCGACAGAUGCAGUCGCGUGAAACGGAAGAAGCCAGAACCUGAUCCCAUCAAGAAAGAUGUCUCGCCUGCUGCUGGUGAUGGUCCUCAUACAAGCUACAACUAGGAGUUGGUCAACCAGCUGCUCCACAAGCUGUCCGCGGUGAUCUCGCAGGCAGUGAUCUUCCGCCCCAUUCGGAAUUGCGCGAGUCAGACUCUCGUUCUCCUACGGCCACUGC